AUGGCUGAGACCAAAGCCACUCAAGUGAAUAUCAAGCCAAUUUCCCAAAUUGCCCCUUCUAAGCCUAAGGUUACUGAUUCUUCAUCUCUCAAUAAGAAGCUCUCAAGCUCAACGAAGCAUACACCUGAUUCUAAGAUGAAAUCUGUCACCACUGUCACUAAAUAUGAGGUUAAAUCAAAACCGACAACAAUGUCGUCGUCAUCAUCGAAAACAACAACAACUACGAAGACGACGAAGAGGAAAACUACUACCACCAAAGUGAGAGAGAGGAAAGUCUACAAUUUGCCUGGCCAGAAACACGAUCCACCUGAAGAGAAAGAACCCUUGAGGAUUUUCUAUGAGUCGUUGUCAAAACAGAUACCGACAAGUGAAAUGGCUGAAUUUUGGUUAAUGGAACAUGGAUUAUUGUCUCUUGAAAGAGCUAAGAAAGCAUUUGAUAAGAAGCAGAGAAAGCAAAAGGAGCUUCGAACAGGAACUCCGGCUAAGUCAUCGUCAAAGCCGCCGACAAAAACCGGAACUUCACAGAAGCCGCAACAGAGACCAAAUAAUACUGGAACUUCAGAGAAGAGACCAAAUAAUACUGGAACUUUACAGAAGCCGCAACAGAAAUCAAAUAACGGCGACACUAAAGCCAAGAGAAAGAUCGAGAGUGACAGUGACGACGACGACGAUGAUUUCAUUUUGAGUCAUAAAAGAAUAAGAAUGUAA